AUGCCAAGGUCUUUCCUGGUGAAGAAGGUAAAACUGGAUGAUUUCUCCAACGGAGCGGAUUUGGACGCUUACCGGCCCAGGGCAGACCUCAGCCUACGGCUGCACGACAAAGCCAGCUACAUCAGCGAUUACAUCACCCCGGGGGUGUAUGAUGGUGAGAGUGACAGCGGGAUCAAGGUGCCCUCGCCCGACCCCCUCUACGAUGGUCUCCACAGCGACUACGGGGCGCCGGACUCCGAGUCCCCCGACAGCCCGGGGUCAGAGAUCACCGACGGCUACAUCAACGGCGACGCCGCGGUGAGCGAGGGCUACGCGGUCGACGCCUUCUUCAUCACCGACGGCCGCUCGAGGCGGAAAGCCCUCGGCAGCCCCAGGACCAUCCAGAGGCACACCUGCAACGAGUGCGGCAAGACCUACGCCACGUCUUCCAACCUGAGCCGGCACAAGCAGACGCACCGCUCGCUGGACAGCAAGAUGGCGAAGAAGUGCCCCACCUGCGGGAAGGUGUACGUGUCCAUGCCGGCCAUGGCCAUGCACCUGCUCACCCACGACCUGAAGCACAAGUGCGACGUGUGUGGGAAAGCGUUCAGCCGGCCCUGGCUUUUACAGGGGCACAUGCGCUCGCACACGGGCGAGAAGCCCUUCGGGUGCGCCCACUGCGGCAAGGCCUUCGCCGACCGGUCGAACCUGCGCGCUCACAUGCAGACCCACUCGGCCUUCAAGCACUUCAAGUGCAAACGCUGCAACAAGACCUUCGCGCUCAAGAGUUACCUGAACAAGCACUACGAGUCGGCGUGCUUCAAAGGCCCCUUCUCCCCCCUCGGCCCCCUAGAUGCAUGA